AUGGCUUGCCCAAAGAAGGGGCUUCAAGCGGCGUCCCUUUGGCCGGACGGUGGCGAUCUUGAGUUCAUCGUAUGGCAAAAGAAGCAAUCCGUCAAAGUAUCACCCUUGAAGAAAUACAUUUCCGGCGCAGAGGAGUACCAUCGCUACAUGAGCCGUAACCGUGCAACCUCGACGGGAUCAUUCAGCAUCAGCAGCUUGAUCGCGUUUUUCCUGCGCGCCACACUGGAGCCCAAGCAACCUGAGUGUGGCCACGAGCUUCAUCCUAGCGCCGCUGUCGAAACCUUUUGCCCAGUAUGCCAAGUCGACCAUUGCAUUGCUUUCCUCGAUGCAAUCAGCGAAGCGUGGGAGGCCGCGGGUGGUCCUUUCCGUGGCGACUAUGAGCCGAAGUCAUACUCCCAUAGAUACAUCAACCUGAGACGUGGCUGGCGCGUAGCCCGGCUCGAGCUCAUCAACCUGGUAGCGAAGCUCGAAAAGCAGGCCAUCAUGGAGAAUCGGAUGGAUUUUUAUACUCUGCCCGCCGAAACUUUGGACGAGCCCGACGAUUCACUUCCCAUAGUCUACGGCACACAAGCUGCCCUCAUUAGGUAUCGUCUCGCGUACAAGUAUCCCGCCGUAAAUGUCACCCGCCAGAUCGAGGACGAUUGGCACACCCCCGGCAGUAGCCUGAGGCAGAAGAAGGAGGUUCACUUUGACAAGGAUCUUGUCGAUGGAAGCACCCGUAAGUAUGAGUCUUUCAAUCGAAAGCACCCGGAUUACGUCCGAGGCCCACACUCUGUCUCACCUGGCUCACAGUUCGAGAACACCACCUGUACCCACGAUGUCGAGGUCCUUGUUGCGCAGUCCAAAAUCUUCUUUACAAGCAUGCUUGGCUUCAAGGUCUUCGCGGAGAAGCCCACGCAUUGGCCGGAGUUCGAAGGCAUUGCUGGAUGCCAUCCUCGCUGGGAAGAAAUCCUCGUCAGCCUGGGAACUUACGCCUUUUGGCGAAGCCGCAGAAAGUUUGGCGAGUGGGAGAAGAAGCUGGAGUCCAGCGGGGUGGAUGGGAUUGCCAUCGUGGAGAACCAUGGCAGGAUUGUGGACUUUGUGGUGUUGAAGGCGCCUAAGGAGAACUUGCACAACCCAAUCAAGCGCAACGCGAAUUGGGUCUCCCUUUCUGACGCUGAGUCUGAGGAGAGAACCUUCGUAUCGGUUCCGGGAGUUGAUAGAUGAAGUUUAGACAAGAGAGUCAUACAGACAGACGGCACAGCAAGAUGACACAAGAAGUGGACACAGGAAGACGACACAGGAAGAUGCUACAGGAAGUUGAGGUAUCGAGUUACCAUCCCGAUGUGCAAUGCGUCAUGUUCAUAGUCAACGUACAAGGUGUACCACA